CUCAGCAGCCUUUGUAGAUACUGGUAUGCAACCUGGGCAGGCUACACAAAAGUCAGAUUUUCAAACAAUACAAAGAUCAAAUGGUAGGGACUGGGCAUCAGCAAACAGGCAGAAUACUCCUAAAAAAAUCACUCCCGUUAAUAAACCUACUGUUGCACUUACAAUUGAAAAAACAUUAAGAGUUCAAGCAGGGGAGGAAAAAUCUGGGCAGCUUAUUGGGGUUACUGGGGUUUUUGAUUGUCAAGAUGAUACUGCUACUGCUUUAAAGUCUGAUGCUGAUCGACAUGUUAAUUCACACCAGAUUGAUAAUGUUCAACAAGUCGAUGGGGCAUCUGGGAUUCAAAUUGGUAAUGAACGAGGGAUUUCGCACGAUCAACCAGCUGCUGCACAUGCUGAUUUAAUUGAAAAAUCAUUAGGUCCAAUAACUCAAGUAUUGGAUCAAUCAAAAACAAGAGAUUGGGCAGUGAUAAAUCGUACACAGUCCUCACCUAGCAAAAGCAAUGUUUCAAUUCACAAAACUCAGACUAGUGCAGCAAAAACUGUUACUGUUUCUAACUCGUUUGAGGCUUUGAUGAAUGAACAACAUCUGGAAGAUGUUGAACAAACAAGCUCUACAGGUCUUGGAAAGCAGCAGAAAAAUUCAACUGACAGAGGUGCUCGACCAGAUAGUAUAACUACUGAAAAUCACAUUGCUCCAAAACUGCAAUUCUAUGGUCCGGAAUUAGAUAAAAUGGUCAAGGAAUGGCAGACAGCAGUAAUAAGGCAUAACAAUCCCCUCAAUACACAGGAGCAUGUAAUAUUAGAAAGGAAGGAGGAAAAGGCUGGGCAGGUGCUUGUAAAUUCAGGUAGAACUAGUGUUAAGGCAAAGGAACAAGCUGGGCAGUCGCAAGUUCUGCCUGGGUUUAUGCAUAAUCCAACGAAAGAGCUGUCUCUUCAAGAUGAUAAUGGCAUGGAAAGGGUUGGUUUGAAUACAUCACAACAUGAUAUCCCUUCCAAUGAUUUGUUCGAUCGAUCUGGAAACAUGUUACAAGUUUCAGACAACCAACAAACUUUAUCCAUGAUGUCGUCGGCAACAAAAAAAGGAGGGGCUGACCACAAUGGAGAAGCACAUGAAGACACGAUGAGUGAAGACGAGGAACAAAACACUCAAGAAAUAUGUUCGUUAACACGACGAGGUGACAACGCACAAGAAGGAGCAGUUACUGUGUUUGAGCAGGUUGCUAGUACUCCGCCAAGAAUGCAAAUCAAAACAAAACUAAGUCCUAAUGCUGCUGUUUUUGUUCCUACUGGACAACAACUAUCAGGUACGAUUUCCAAUCUUAAAUUGAUCCAUAAAACUGGACAGGUAGCUAGUACGAGUGGAGCGGCUGCAUAAUAUAGCUUGACUCCGACAAACAUCUUCCGAGCUCUGGUAACUCAUGACAUGGAUACUUUAAAGGCUCUUGACAAUCCGAGGAUCGAAAGAGGAGCCCUAGUACCCGCACACAAUCCUAUUGACGCUUUCGGGGUGGAAAUGGGUCGAGAUUGGUAUGAAGAAGGGGAAGAGGAAGAACUACUAGAUGCUUGCUUUAAAAAUGUAGCCAGCGAGGGAAACCUAUCACCCCGUCAAAUGAGAAGUGGAUCAAACAAAAAUAAAAAGAAGGCACAUGAAAGGCAACAUAGCUGGGAUGGAAAAGCAACACAAGAGGUUGUCAUUAGGAAACUACCAAUGAGAACUGCAAAGCAAAAGGCGAGUGUCCCUACCACCUCCACAAGGUCAAAUAAAUCAAAAAAGAAAUGAAAAAGUUUGAAGAAUAUUUGAAGACAGUGGAAGAAGAAGCCAAUGAGCUACAAAUUGAAGAGUGCACAAGGUUGAAGAAAGAGGGCCAAGACACAAAUUUCUACAUUGCUUUAUUUUAUCACUUUUUAAGUAUCAUCAUUUGUAAUAUCAUCACAGAGUAUGUUUUAAACUUUGUGAUGAUCAUAGAGUACUUAGUUAUUUCUAGCUCAUAUAUUCUUCAUGCUUGCCAGUAGAUGAGAUUUUUUAUGCCUCAAUAGGAUUUGUAAGGUAAGUUCUAGCACGGUAUGUGUGUGCUAUAUUCCUAUUCUUUUGGGAAGAUCCAAGCGGCUAUGAGAUUAUAUGCCCUCGUGAGACUUCUGUCGGCAGCUACACCAUGAUCCUCUACAUGAGGCUGCCAUCUUAAGGCAAUGGAGGCGCAGAAGAGUGAUUAUAUAGCCAAGGCAUAGAAGCACCAUUGUUGUAGCUAGCCCCCUUACUUGUACUUUUCCAUUGUGGUUUCUUUUUUCAUUUGUUAUUAAUAAAAUAGCUGCUAGGCAUGCCUAGUAGUAUAAUUUGCCCA